AUGUCAGAAGAUUCUCAGCACAGCCAAGUAUGCCUAAAAUAUUACAGUCUUUGUCUUACUACAAAGAGGCAGUCUCUGCUUCGUGAGCAAGUACAGACCUGCUUCCUCUGUGGAGAAGGUCUUGUUGCCCAGAAGCCUCUAGUGGCCUCAUCAUUUUCUUUGUAUCCCCUCAAAGAAAAAAAUCUGGGUGAAUCUUUAGUUUCAGGCCGUCGACAGUGGUGGCCACCACAUGGAACUGUUAAGGUGAAAUGUCCAUAUAAGAAAGUAGACUUGAGUUGGUUCAUUGGAACUGUGAACCCCUGCCCCGGUUUAUAUCAACCCAUCUGUGGCACUAAUUUUGUAACCUAUGAAAACCCCUGCAUCUUGUGUAUUGAGAGCCUGAAAUCUCGGGGGGAAAUUAGGUUUCAAAAUGAUGGAAAAUGCUAG